GCAUUAAGAAAAGUCAUAUCAUGCAGCGUUGUGUUUCGAAAGCGUAAGGCGCUUUUAGUUGAUUUUUCAGAGAAGGUGUGGUCCCGAUAGCAAUGUGUUUCGGAAGAAUCGCUGAGUUUUCUUCAGGCACUUGUAUGGAGACCCGCGGGGUCCUACUUCAAAGCAUUUUGAAAGCGUCGCGGUUGACUACAGGAGAAGAAGGGGAGAGAAGGAGGUAGCUGAAGGAUGGAGGCCAUUCUGAGCAGGCUUCGGGAGCUGAGCGCAGACCAGCUGCGUGAGGAGAUCAUCGGGGCCGGCCUCAUGUGCGGCCCCAUAACGGCCACCACUAGGGCCACCUUCGAGAGGCGACUGGCCCGGGCCAUCCUGGGAAACAGUGGUGGGACAUCGGAGCGAGACGGAGGGGGGGGGGCCACCAAUGCGUCCAGUACUUCGACCUCGUCCACAGGAUCGGCUCAGGACUCCCAGGAGGUCAGCCGAGGGGGGGACUUUGGCUACGAUCUGGGACUCAACCCACCUGAGGAGGAGGCGCUCUUGGAGAAGCCUGAGGUAUCAUGCAGCAUGCAGGUGGAGGACAUGAGCUCCCAGGCCGAAGGACAGGACCCUCCCAAGACCCCUCAGACAUCCCCAGCGGUCUACUAUGGCGUGUGUCCAUUAACGGAGGACGUGCUGGCCAGAAGUGACAGGGUCCAUGUCUACACAGACAAGAAGGAAGCUAUGCAGGCUGUGAAGACGAUGAAAGGCUCUCGAUUCAAGCCAUUCUCCAACCGAGAGGAUGCAGAAAAGUUUGCCAAGGGCAUCUGCGAUUACUGCCCAUCCCCCAGCAAGUUCACCCCCUGUGUCUCCCCAGGGAAGCCAGGCCUCAUCUUCUACAGAGAUGGCCCAUCAGCCCUGGAGGCAGAGACUAUCAACAGGGAGCGAGCUAACAGCUUCAAGAGCCCGCGUACACAGGACCUGACGGCCAAGCUACGCAAGGCUGUGGAGAAGGGGGACCAGGCGGCCUUCUCCGAGCUGGUGUGGAGCAACCCGCGCUAUCUCAUCGGCUCCGGGGACAACCCCACUGUGGUGCAGGAGGGUUGUCGCUACAAUGUCAUGCAUGUGGCGGCCAAGGAGAACCAGCCCGGCAUCGCCCAGCUCCUACUGGACACGCUGGAGAACCCAGACUUCAUGCGACUAAUGUACCCUGACGACCAGGAGGCCAUGCUGCAGAAACGAAUCCGCUACAUCGUGGAUCUAUACCUCAACACCCCAGACAAGGCGGGUUUCGAAACCCCGCUGCACUUCGCCUGUAAGUUUGGCUGCCCUGAGGUGGUGAACGUCUUGUGCUCGCAUCCAGUCACGGACAAAAACUGCAAGAACAAGUACGACAAGAAACCUUGCGAGGUUAUUUGUGAAAGAAAACAUAAAAACCAGGAGGAGAUUAUGCAGAAGAUCAGUGACUAUUUAGAAGACCGCUGUUUCGUCCCACUGCUGAGGGCCACAGACAAUUCUUUGCAGCCUGUUAUUGGUGGUCCCUGGUCACCUGAGCCAUCAGAAGGUGUUCCUCAUUCGCUAAUCGCCAAGCUGCCAGGAAGCCCCAAAGACCCAGUAAUGGCAGUGAGGGCUUUUGCCGGCCCACUUAGUCCAUCUAAGGCAGAUGAGUUCCGCAGAGUAUGGAAGACGCCACCUAGAGACCGGGCGAAGUAUUUUCACAAUAUCCGGAAGUCUGACCCAGACCGAGGGGCGGAGAGAGUAGGCAGAGACCUUGCCCAUGAACUGGGCCACCCCUGGGCAGAGUACUGGGAGUUUCUGGGCGGCUUUGUGGACCUAUCCACAGCAGAUGGCCUCCGGAAGCUGGAGGAGCACCUCAGCCAAAAAGAGGACGCCGGAGAAAAUGAGACCAGCAAUCGGUUCAAAACCCCUUCACCAGGCAAGCCCAAGAAGUUCUGCAACUCUAUUUCCGUGGGGGCGUUCCUGGACGAGGGAGACGACAUCAGUUUGGAGGAGAUCAAGAACCGGCAGAAUGCAGCGCUGACCAGCAUUACAGCGGUGUGUGGCAAGGACAGCCUGAAGGGGGCGUCGGGCGGUCUGGAGUUCCACAUCCUGCCCGUGUCACGCAGCGCCGACCUCAUCGAGAUGGCCGCGGAGCAGGACUGCUUGCUCUCUGAAAAGGGCCUCCCAUCUGCCGACAAGAACGGCCUGUGCUCCCCUCUGUCAGGCGAGAGGACCCAGAACGGGGAACGGAUCGGCCGCGGGGGGGCCUCCCCCAGCUUGCUGUCGCCCAUAUCCGACCUGAUGGUGGAAUUUGAGAGGAUGUCCCUGCAGGACGCGGCGGAGAGCCGACCCGCUGAGAGGUGGCGCUGCGGGGCAGGUGCCUGGCGCAGGGAGGCCCAGGACUCAGGCUCCACGGAUGUGUUCCACAGCCUUACCCGCUUGGUGCUCUCAGACAAAGAGGAGCCAGCAGCCCCUAGGUUGGGAGGGAGGGACGACGUGGAUGGGAUCGAUCGCUCCCUCAGCAGCUCGGAGGAGUACUUCACUCCCGAGGAGAGCGUGGAGGCCGCGAGCCAAAGGACAGGCAGUGCCGGCUCCGAGAGGCCCAUCUGUGCCCGCUCCCGGUCCUGGGACCAUGGGAGCAGGGACCUGAGUAGCUCAGGUUCUACAUACAAAUCUCUGGAGAGCUCGCACAUGUCACGGACACCGGCCCAAGCGAAAAAGGCGCUCUUCAUCGAGGGGGAGUCGCCAACCAAGCUGGACAGAGAGGUGCUGCUGGCCAUCGGGGAUAGGGACAUCGACGCACAGAAAUACCCGAGUGUGCACAAGUGGAGGAACAUGCUCCAGAGCUUCUCGGAUUCUGAGAUGCAGAGCUGGCCGAGUCCGACGGUGGACAAAAGCCGCCUCAGGCUGCAGACCAGCACGCCCGGCUCUCCCAGCGCCAGCUUCCUGUCCACGCCCGGGAGGUCCAGCCCAGCCCGACACGCUGCCUCUCCGGAUUGGGCCAGCCCGAGUCGGCAUAGCCCCACCGGCUACAUCCAGCGCGUCCGCCACAAAUACUUUGGUGAACCGGCGUUGUGACGCGGCACCCUCCCCAGAAUAUGCACAUGGUACACGACACUUCCCUCUCACCCAUUUGGUAACGUGCCCAUCCUUCAGCACCAAGCGUCGAGGAUCGGCCAUGAUCCUGGGACCCGUCCUGACCAGCCAGAUUCCCGGCGGGGCGCCUUUGCAGGCCCAGGUUUAGGUUACAGAACCGUAUGUUACUCACGUCAUCUUAGGGAGAUGCAACUUCUUAAUCGGAUCUCUGUUGUCAGACACUCUGACCCUAAAUAUGGUACUCGUUAAUCCCCACGAAAAUAAUCCUACAGUGUAUGAAUGAAUAGAAAAUGAAUGUUUAAAAGUUAAUCUUUUUAUUAUGGUUUUCUUGACGUCUUGGGGUAGCACAAAACAACGUUAGCAUACGUGCUAGCAGACUGCCAGGUUGUUCCUGUUUUUGGUUACUGUUGUAUUUCCUUUCAGUUUAGCAGUUGCCUUAAUUCUCUGAAAUGGGGAACCGAUCUCUGGUCCUCUCCUGCUACAAACCCUUUCUGUUUCCUCUGUGGGAUAUUUAGACAUUAAAUGACUGACUUUGACGGGUCUUUACACAAAAAAGGAAAAUACUGUGGUGUGUUUUGGUUCUUCCAUGCCGUAUUUUAAGAUUUCUUUAAUAAGUAUUUUUGUUUGUAGAUAACUAUAUCUGCUUUUGCCCCUUUUGGUUUCCUGAAUUCAGCUGUGACACUUUGCCAAAUGACUCUCCACCUUGGAGACCCAAACGGACGUUUGGAAGUGUUCUGUGGAAAAAAACCUGCCAGAUGACAGCACCUUGUUCUCAGUGUGAGAUCAGAGGCCUGCCUGAAUGAAUGUGACAGCUUUAGGACUGUGUCUGAAGGUUUCAUUAUCCAAAUAUGAAAACAGCCACUGGACAGUAAAUGUUAAAAUAAUAAUAAAGGACUGUAAAUCUAACAGUUUAACAA